AAACAAAAAGCUUGCAAAUGAGGGUGACACUUCUGCAUAUGCUGCAUGUCCUUUAUGAAGCGGCUUAUAGAUUGAGGUUCUGUUUGGCUUUGAGGCAAAUGAAAGGCCUGGAGGUAGUUGAUGCUGCAGUGCAAACUGCCUUUGUACUCAUAGCCUUGAAGCCCAUUUAGAGGCAUAUCAGAAUUUAAAAUCUAAAGUUUACACAAAAUGUGCAUGGGAUGAAAUUUAAUAUGAGCUGGCUCAAUUUUGUUUGUUUUUCUGUACUUUGACGUAGUAUAUUCAAAGAGCUCCUAGAGCUCCUUUAAAAAGCCAACUGAUGCUUGUUCAUGUAAACUACAAAAGGCUGAACAGCUGAAAACAGCCGUUUUGGGAGAAACAGCUUUGGGAAAAAAAAGUUUUGGGAGAAUUUAAUAAUUCAUUCAAAUUGGCUUGCAAAGGGUCUGAAAUGGUUCUUCAACACAGGAUCUCAUUGUUGUUCCUCAUCUUUUCAUGUCCGAUUGUGUUGACAGAUUCAUGUAACAAUCGAUGUCUGGCAAAUAUAAUAAUUGCUAAGAAAAUGAAGAGUGCACCACAGGCUAAUAAUUGUACUGUCAAUGUAAACAUCACUUCAAUGCAAUAUGAGACACUGUCUUUUGAUACGAAAAAUAUGCAAAUGAGCAGCCGUGUCAAGGUAAACAUGAAGUGGAAUGAUCAUGAACUAGGGUGGAAUGACACAACAUCUAAUGUUACAGCCGUUAUGUUACCGGUUGACAAAAUCUGGACUCCUGAGUUAGUUUUGGACAAUGCGAUAGAUGUAACCGUGAAGCCGUACACUAAUGAUGUUCAGGUGACGAGGAAUGGAACAGUGGACUAUGCCAUGAUCUUGUUCAUAGCAGUUAGCUGUAAUGAUAUCAACCUUUUCAGCUAUCCCUUUGUGAAAGGAGAAUGUUCUGUGGCCAUCAAUGGAUGGAACCAAAGCUAUUGUGAGCUUAAUCUCACCCACCCUAAUAGCAUAACUAAUGUUGGAGGCAUUCAAGGAGAGUGGGAGACUGUGAACGUGACAGUAGUACAAGAUGAAACAUAUAAAAACCGCAGAUAUCUCUCGGUCUCUUUAUCUGUCAGUCCUUUCAGUGCUGUUGUGACCCUGAUCCUGCCCAGUAUACUAAUAAUGCUGGCUGACCUGGUGACCUUUGCUCUGCCAGUUCAAGGAGGAGAACGCAACAACCUUAAGGUCACCUUGGUCCUGAGCUUCACCAUGUUCCUCCUCAUCCUCAAUGAUCACCUGGCCAGUGGUGGACGAUGUAGCCCUAUCCUCCAUUAUCACUUCUGCUUCUGUCUGGUCAAUCUGGUGCUGAGCAUGGUGAUGUCUAUUGUGUUGACACGUCUGACAUUAGAUGAAAGAUUCCUGCUUUGUAAAUGCUCAAAGAACCUCAAACCCUCCCCCAGAACUGCCAGUCUGCGUCAGGAUGAAGCAGAUGCUGGUGUGAUUGCAAUAACGAAGUCUAGUGAUCUGCCUUCAGAGGUGGCUUCCCUCCAAAAAAUAGUGAACUUUUUGGAAAACAUCGACCAAAAAGAACAAGUGGAAAACCGCAACGUGGCCUUUGUAGAUUGCUUGGACAAAAUCUGUUUCUGUUUUUUUUUAUUCAUUGACAUCAUUUAUAUCAUCAUUGUUGUCAUUGUCACCAGAACAGAUCUGUGCAAAGAAAAAAAGACAGUUUUCUGGGAUACGGAAGAUGAUUAUUUUUCUUUUUAUAGUGUUGGUUAUCCUGAAUAUUUUAUCAAUGACACAGAAAAUUACUGACCUUUUUAAAUUAUUUAAGAACACAUUAUGAUUUGAAUUUUGCAGAGUUCUCAUAGAUGAUUUUGAUCUACAACUUUUCUGUAUGUGUUGUCCAUAAAACAGAAUUUGAUUUUAUAUUGUCUUUAAACCUUUGUGCAUUUUUUUUUUAAAUAAUAUACUGUAUUGUACAUAUUCACUUACACAUUUGAGGAAAUUCAUUAACCGUGUCAUUAAUAAAGGCUUUAACUAUUUGAUUUAAUUUUAUUGUAUUUAUGUUGGACAUAAAAAAAUCCAUGUCAUCAUAUGUUAAUAGGGGAUUUGGGGUAGAAGUCUCCUAGUAGUGUGUUGUUGCUGGAGUCUUUAUUACUAUUUAAGUGUUAAAUUAAAUUUUUACAUGCAUUUCAAACCUUUCUAUUUUUCAUCAUAACUUUUUGGCCAGUCGAGUGGAAUUUUAUUUAUUUAGCGUAUGGUGUACAAAGCAAUUGUAUGAAACAUCAUGUGACCACAUACACUACAGCGACAAUAGAGGCCUAUAAGAGAUUGUGCAAAGAGGUUAGAAAGUACCCUCAUUUGUACAACUCUAGCAUGAAAGAACACAAAGAUAUUUACAUGGGUUGUAAUUUGUGACGAGAGGUUGCUCAAAACUGCACAUGCAGCGAAUUCCUGUGUAUGCAUACAAGUCGAAUGAAGUAUACUUUGCAAGGCUUUGGAUUGUGUACAGCAUAUGCAUAAAAGUAUACCCAGGGCUUUACAGUUGUUGUGUUCACGUAAUAAUGCUCUGUUGAUUGGUAAAUGCCCACUAGGGGGAGUUAUUGUAUUAUGUGAGGAAUAUGUAUGUAUGUCAGAGGAAGAGAAAAUGUGUUUUGGCAUGUAAUGUUUAAAUAAAGAGACAUGCGUUACCUGGAUGUAGUCUCUCUUGAUGUAUGUGACUACUGCACAACACUGCAAUUGAUCCACUGCUGGCUGCAAUA